AUGGUAAAGACACGAAAUUUUGUGGACGGAGAUAGUAGCUUAGCAACAAAAGCUGUUUGGGAUGAUGAGCUGACGUUGAUAUUUUGUGAACUUUGCGUGAAUGAAGUCAAUGCUGCCACUGGAGAGAAUGCAUGGGCACCUUCGUCUGGUGUUCUUCCAAGUCGGGUUCCUAUGGGAGAUGAUGCACCUAAUGAGGGAUUUGGUGAUUCAGAUGAACAUAGUAACAAGAAUGAAGGUAUUCCUCCUGAUGAGGUACCAUCAAACCCUUUUCAUGAAAUCCCUGAUCGAAGAAAGCAAACACUUGGGGUUGCACACUCCUUUUAUAAUGGUGUUUUUGAUGUUAAAUAUAUCCCAAGAGCUUAUACGAGUUCCGUUUCAGGAGCAUCAAGUGGUAUUCGUGUAGAGACAGCACGAGUUCUUGCAUUGCGUGGUGGUCAUGUGGUUAUGGCAGUAAGGAACUUGGAUGCUGGUAGGAAUGUCAAAGAAGCUAUACAUAAAGAAAUAAAUGGUGCUAAGAUUGAUGUGAUGCAAUUAGAUCUUAGCUCCAUGGCGUCUGUAAGGAAAUUUGCAUCAGAAUUUCAGUCCUCGACUCUUCCCUUAAAUAUCCUAAUGUAA